AUGACUCUGCUUAAUGUUGUUCAAAUUGAAAAGAGGACCACAAUUAGAGCAAUGGCAAGUGCAUUAGGCAUUGGUCAUUCACAAGUUUACAGAAUGAUGAAAUCCGGUAAUAUUAGAGCACAUACAAAUUCAAUUAAACCAAAACAUUCUCAUAACCACAAAAUAAGAAGAAUCAACUUUAUUCUAUCCCAAAUAAUACCACCUACUAUAGAUAACAUACCAAAAUUCAGUCUUAUGUAUAAUGUCGUACACAUAGAUGAAAAAUGGUUCUACAUGAGUAGGGAAACACAAAGGUACUAUUUAUUCCCUUGGGAAGAGGAGGAACCAUAUAGAUGUGUGCAAAACAAAAAUUUCAUAGGCAAAGUAAUGUUUAUAGCAGUUGUUGCAAGAACUCAAAUUAAUUCUACUGGUGAAGUGUUGUGGGAUGGAAAAAUAAGAAUUUUUUCGUUUACAGAGACUUAUUAUGCAAUGAGGACGUCAGAAAACAAACCAGCAGGUACAACACAGUUAAGAGCAAUAACUAGAGUUACACGCGAUGUUCUACGAGACAAACUAAUCAAUGAAGUCCUACCAGCAAUAAGAUCAAAAUGGGCAGUAAAUAGGGUGAAAGAUAUUUGGAUUCAACAAGAUAACGCCAAGCCACAUAUUUUAACAACUGAUCAAGCAUUUAAUGAAGAAGCCAAGAAAGAUGGAUUUAACAUUAGACUAGUUUGUCAACCGGCAUCAAGUCCAGAUAUGAACAUCUUAGACUUGGGUUUGUUUAGUGCUCUACAAUCAAUUCAAUUCAAGUCAUUCCCCAAAGACCUCAAUGAUUUGAUCAAGGCGGUUAAUGAUGCGUACGACACUUUUAACCCAAAGCAUUUGAACUACACGUGGAUACAAUAUCAACUAUGCAUGAUAGAGGUCUUGAAAGCUAAAGGCGGUAAUAACUACAAGAAUCCACACAUUGGAAAACAAAGACUGGACAGGUCGGGUAUGUUGCCUAGGCAAUUAGAAAUUCCGCAAGAACUAAUAGAUGCAGCACGUCAAUUUUUAUCUCAUGGUAUAAUUAAUCUCAAUGAUCUUCCGCAAGAUGAUUGA